CUUAUCUCUCUGCUUCCCAACUUCUAAAACCUCUAAACCUCAGCUGCAGUGAAGAUGCAGGCCUCGAUUUGCGUUCCAACUUCAUCAACCUCUCACUCCCUUCUGAAACCUAACUCAAACCCUCUUCUGGGUCAUUCUCUGCCUUCAAAAUCAUGCUUCCCUCUGAAAAGAAGAGCCUCUUUCACCACCAAAGCAGUUCUGUCAACCACUAAAGAAGCAGUCUUGAAAGAUUUUCAUGAACGCAGAGCUCUCAAGAUUAUUUCAGGUUUGCAGAAUUUUGACAAAGAAAAUGUUGCAUCAGUCAUUACUGCUGCAGAACAGGGAGGAGCAACUCAUGUGGAUAUAGCUUGCGACCCUGAGUUGGUGAAGCUUGCUAUUGGUCUAACUUGUCUUCCGGUUUGUGUUUCUUCUGUAGAUCCAGCGGCAUUUCCAGCUGCUGUUGAAGCAGGAGCACUAAUGGUUGAGAUUGGAAACUAUGACUCAUUCUAUGAGAUGGGUGUGAUUUUCACUCCUGAGCAGAUAUUAAAUCUAGCAAAACAGACCAAGAAGAUUCUUCCAUCUGUGGCCUUAUCAGUCACUGUACCACAUACACUAAGCCUUCCAGACCAGGUCAAGCUUGCAGAGAUGCUAGAGCAGGAAGGUGUAGACAUCAUCCAGACUGAAGGAGGAAAAUGUUCCAACCCCUCCCAAUCCGGCGUUCUUGGUUUGAUCGAGAAGGCGUCACCAACAUUAGCAGCAGCAUACUCUAUAUCACGGGCUGUGAACAUUCCUGUCAUGUGUUCAUCUGGACUGAGUGCAGUUACUGCACCAAUGGCCAUAACAGCUGGAGCAGCGGGUGUGGGCGUAGGCUCAGCAGUUAACAAGCUCAAUGAUGUAGUUGCGAUGAUUGCAGAAGUCAGGAGUAUCUCCGAUUCAUUAGGAGCAUCAGCUGGUACCGGUAGGCGUAGUACCAGCGAAGAAAAAACUUUGAAACUGUAAUUCACUCGCAUAAUACUAUAUUAGAGGAAAUAAAUUAUGAUGACCUCCAGGUCUUUAGUGUUAUAAAAUAUAAAUUGUUAGAACAUCCCAUCCCAUUUGAAUAAGAGCAUGACAAUGGUACA